UACAGGCUGAGGUUAUGGCAACUCAAAGCCGAGCCGACAACAUAUUGGAGCCAUGGCUUGAGCCGAACAAGAUUGUCAUGGUGACCGGCGCGUCGUCGGGGCUCGGUUGGGAGUUCUGUCUCGACUUAGCCGAAGCAGGUUGUCGAAUCAUAGCUGCAGCCCGGCGCAUCGACCGCCUUCACUUACUUUGCAAUCGAAUAAAUGAAAAGUUUCCAGUCACUUCCCCGACCGAGCCGAGCCAGAUUCAACAUAGAGCCAUGGCGAUGGAGUUUGACAUAGCUACGACGGAGAAAAAUAUCGAAUCUUGUAUAAACAAGGCUUGGGACUUGUUUGGAAGAAUCGAUGUUUUGAUCAACAAUGCCGGCGCAAGAGAGCGCUUGCACAAGCCGUUAGAUCUAUCACAAGACGAAUGGGACAAGAUUAUUCGAACUAACCUAACCGGGACGUGGUUAGUAUCAAAUUACGUGUGUCAACAUAUGCGCGAAGCUCGCCAAGGAGGGUGCGUUAUCAAUAUCGCGACCCUUGGUGGGCUAAAUCGCGUAAUAUUUCCCGGCGGAGAUGCCUACGCCGCUUCUAAGACCGGCGUGAACACAAUCACUAAGAUAAUGGCCAAGGAGCUCGGACCGUACAACAUUAGGGUAAAUGCGAUUGCUCCCGGAUUGUUUAAAUCAGAGAUAACUGGUAAGCUGAUGGAGAAACGGGAGCUUGUGACUGCACUGUCGAAAGUUCUCCCGUUGGGCUCUUUUGGGACGGUUAAUUCAGCGUUGGGACCGCUUGUGAGAUAUUUAAUUGGCGAGUCGUCUCAAUAUGUGACCGGUAAUGUUUUCAUCAUCGAUGCCGGUCUCAGUUUAGCCGGUGUUCCCAUUUUUUCAUCCCUUUAAAGGCAAGCCUUCACGAGGGAAAUGGGAAUUCUUAUUAUUAUUGUUUUGUAUUUUAAUUCAAAAUAUUUACUGGAUAUAGAGCUGUUAACGAUC